AUGGACUUAGAAUUGGACAGUGUAAUUGAGCGUCUGCUCGAGGUUCGCGGGAACCGUCCCAUAAAAUCCGUACAGCUCAGCGAGGACGAGAUCAGAGGCUUGUGCAUUAAAAGUCGAGAGAUUUUCUUAUCGCAAUCAAUUUUACUUGAGCUCGAGGCUCCCAUAAAAAUUUGCGGCGAUAUUCACGGUCAGUACUACGACCUUCUUCGUCUCUUCGAGUACGGUGGAUUCCCUCCCGUUUCCAACUACUUGUUUUUGGGUGACUACGUAGACAGGGGAAAGCAAAGUCUUGAGACUAUUUGUCUACUUUUAGCUUACAAGAUUAAGUACCCGGAAAAUUUCUUUUUGCUCCGAGGAAAUCACGAGUGUGCAUCUAUAAAUCGUAUAUAUGGCUUCUACGACGAAUGUAAACGCAGAUAUAGUAUAAAGUUAUGGAAGGCCUUUACCGACUGUUUUAAUUGUUUGCCUGUAGCGGCAAUCAUAGACGACAAGAUAUUCUGUAUGCACGGAGGCCUAUCCCCAGAGUUAACCACGAUGGAUCAAAUUAGGCAAAUUUCACGGCCUACUGACGUCCCGGAUACAGGAUUGUUGUGUGACCUUCUGUGGAGUGACCCCGACCCGAAUACCACCGGUUGGGGUGAGAACGACAGGGGUGUGUCGUUCACUUUCGGUUCCGAUAUAGUUGUAAAUUUUCUUGUAAAACAUGAGUUGGAUUUAAUUUGUCGUGCUCACCAGGUCGUGGAGGAUGGAUAUGAGUUCUUUUCGAAGCGUCGGCUUGUUACCCUCUUCAGUGCACCCAAUUAUUGCGGUGAAUUUGAUAAUGCCGGUGCAAUGAUGAGUGUAGACAAGACUCUGAUGUGUUCAUUUCAAGGUGAGUGCCCUGUAAAAGUUAGAGUCCAUGACGUUGCAGUCAAUGAGCCUCAGUCCGUAGUGCUCAAGUAUGAACUUGAGAAUCUUUAUGGUAACCUGAAUAUUCAUGAGCUAGUUGCCACUGGAGUUAGUAAUGGUGGCAUUGGUGGCAGUGGUAACCGUAAUAUCAAUAAAGUAGCAGUGCGCGCAGUAACUGACUUUGCAGCUAAUGUACUUACGUAUUGUCUGGUGCAGUGCGAUACAAAAAGUGUGAUUGAUAGGUUGUGCGAGGGAAUUCCCAUCACGACUGAGCCCGAAAUGUCCGAGUGCCCAAAGCCCUCGCACAAGUUAUUGUCCCUGUCCAGAAAUGCGAAUUUUUGA